AUGGAGGAUUCAUCUGCUCUUAGCCCAAUCUCUCUUCUCACCAUUGUCAUUUUCUUGUUUAUUCUCAAUCUCAUGAUGAUAAUCCAAGACUUCUCUUCUUCUUUUCCCUAUCCUCUCCAACUCUUCUUCUCUAACACCUACAUUCUCUUUGCGCCAACUAGAAACAAGAAGCAAAAUAUCGAGCUCCCGAUCAUAAAAAAGGUUUUCGUCCCAUCUCGAGUGGAUAACAAAAUGUCCGUCGAAGAAGUCAAGGCCAUGAUCGAUGACUCGGAAGCUGUCUAUGAGCGUUUGAUAGAAGAAGGGGAAGAGUACUUGCUUUCGAAGAGUGUGAUGUUGGCUAAUAAGGAGAUAGUGAAGGAGGCAUUUAGGUUAUUUGAUGAAAAUCAAGAUGGGUUCAUAGAUGAAGAUGAGUUGAAACAUAUGUUGUGUUUCUUAGGAUAUGAUGAGUGUACAAAGAUGGAGUGUAGGAAGAUGAUUAAGGUUUUUGAUGAAAACAGAGAUGGGAAGAUUGAUAUUUACGAGUUUGUGAACCUCAUAGAUAAAAGCUUUUCGUGA